AUGAUUAUGUCGGUCCUCACGGCGCCUCCUCCGGAUUGGAGAUUCUCUCAGGUUUCUGGUGAACGCUGCGCUGGUGAAGAAGUUCAUGAAGUAAAGAUCAUUGUUGACUGUGUUGUUAAUUAUGGCAUGGACCGAAGCUCCUCCUCCCGUGUUUUCGAGAAGAGUUUGGAGAUAGCAAGAUCACAGUCUUUUAGCUCUCGCCUGAAGCUCUUGCUCCUGUCGGUGAAGCAACUACUACUUCCGACUGUCGGUGAGGAUAUGGAUUCCACGAACCCAUAUAGUAUGUCAGCCAAUUUUGUUGACCUCUUGAACAGUCAACAAGAGAGUGUCGUUCCUGAACCAUGUCCCUAUGCGAGUUUUCAACAUGUUGGAUCAUCACAACUCCCUGAAACGGCAAGCUUCUGUGAAGACUCAACUACAGAGCGUAGAGAAAUGAAGAAGUGGGCAGUCAGAGAUGAUCUUGUGCUCAUUAGCGCCUGGUUAAACACCAGCAAGGACCCGGUGGUCGGCAAUGAGCAGAAAGCAGGGGCGUUUUGGAGCCGCAUAGAGGCUUACUUCGCAGCCAGUCCAAAGGUGGAAAGAGGUGCAACGCGAGAGGCAAUUCAGUGUAAGCAACGAUGGCAGAAGAUGAACGAUCUAGUCUGUAAGUUUUGUGGAUCCAAUGCGGCUGCAACUAGACAGAAAACAAGUGGUCAGAAUGAGGCUGACACUGCGAAACUGGCACACGAGAUCUUCUACAACGAUCACAAGAUCAAAUUUAACCUCCACCAUGCUUGGGAGGAGCUGAGGAAUGACCAGAAAUGGUGUGAAGUUGCUAGUAGCAAGAUUGAUGGAACCAGUAAGAAGAGAAAGUGUGAUGAUAAAGUUCAAUCAGAGAGCUCCAAGCAACGUCCACUCUCGGUGAUCAACGCACCAAAUGCCCUCCUGGUGUUAAGUCGGCGAAAGGAGCCUCUGACCAUGUGGUCUAUUAAAGAGAAAGACAUGGCUGCGAAAGAGAAACUUAAGAAGAUAGGGUUGCUUGAGAGUCGAAUAUGCAAGAAAGAGCCACUUUCUGAAUACGAGGAAGAGCUAAAGAAGAAGCUAAUUAGUGAGAUGUUGGAGAUAUGA